AUGAAUAAUACUGAUCCUACAUCUUUUCAAUCAAUUUUAGCCGGGGUCAAAAGGCUACGAGAAUCUCAUGGAGAUGAUAAUGAUACAGAAAAAGUAUCUCAGCCAACACCUAUAGAGACUAACCAAUCUACCAAAAUAGAUGCAACAGGAAGUCUACAGAACAAUACUUAUAGAAAUAACAGUACUAAUCAUGAUAUUAAAGAAAGGAAUUCCCAACCACAUUUGGUAAGUGCCAUAUCUAAUAGUCAUAAUCACUCUAAUGACCUUAAGAAUAAUAACUUGGAAAAUUCAGCUUCUAAAAGCUCUAACAAUAAUUAUACCCCGAUUAAUAGAAGUAACUUGACAAAAACUGUAUUAGUAAACUCUACACAACGUGAAAAUCCACUAUUGAAUCAUUUAAAAAAUACUAAUUGGAGAUAUUAUAAACCCCCUGCUGGAACAAAAAUAUAUUAUGAUUAUUUUCUUCAUGGGAGAUCUGUUUUAUUUUUGACAUUAAGUUAUCACAAAUUAUACAAUGAUUACAUAACAAGAAGAAUGAAGCCAUUUACGAGUUCAAGCAAUAAUAGUGAUAAUAAUAUAUUGAUAUUUGUCGUUGAUGAUUCUAAUUCAGAGGAUACUGUUAAAGAUUUAACAAAAAUAUGCAUGUUUAAUGGAUUUACUUUAUUACUAGCCUUUAAUUUCGAACAGGCUGCCAAAUACAUUGAAUAUUUGAAUGAUUAA